AUGUCGGGUGCUGCCGGCUGUGCGCUCUGCAGCGCGCCUGUGGCACCGCGCGGCGCCGGGGCGUCGUCGCGCGUCGUGCGGGGGCCCGCGGCGCGGCUGGACGUGGCCGUGCGCGCCCACGCUCGGAGGGAGCUGCUGACGGGUGGUGCGGCCGGGCUCGCGGCGGGGCUGGUGGCGUUGUCGCGGCCCGGUGCCGCAGGCGCGGAAACAGCCGCGUCGCCCCUCGCGAGCGGCGGACGAGGGAUCGACAAGUACAUCCGGAAGCGGAAACUCGAUCCGCUCGAGACGUACCUCCCGCCCAUGAUCCAGGGGCGCGAGCAGGUGCUGCUUGUGGCGGAGGUUCUCGACGACCCGAAGUCGGCGCGGAGCCUCCUGCGCGAGGGCGCGAUGAAGGGGUUCCGGGAGAACGCGCGCGCCGUGGGGCAGUACUCGAAGGAGAACGGCGGUCCGGAGAAGGCGGAGGCUAUCUUCAAGCAGCUCGAAGCUCUCGACUUGACGCUGGCGAGCGCGCUGCGGGACGAGAAGUCCGUCCUGGACGAGCAGGCUGCGCGCAGGCAGCUGGACGCGGCGAUCACGGCGGUGGACGCCCUCCUGGCCGCGGCCCCGCCGGACGCCGUUGCGCAGGCGCGGAGGGUCGUGGCGGUGAUCGAGGGCAGGGACGUGGACGCGAGCUGA